AUGAAUGCAAGCAAUGUAAGUUUGUAUCAUGAAGGAGCUUGUACUUCAAUCAGUAAUGCAACAGAUGCGAGCAGUAAUGAUUAUGUAGAUUAUGUAACAGAUGAUGAUUUCCCACUUGAUGCUAAACACUUAAAUCGCGUCCAUGAAGAACUGGAAAAGUUGAAUAUUGCAACAGAUGUUAUUAAUAAAUUAGAAUUGCAGCUUGAUGAAGCAAGAGCCACUUUCAGAAAUAUACAAGCAUCCUGGUCUCAAAAACUGAAUGAAUUGAGUCGUAAAUAUGGUUCAGCAAUUGCGAAAGGUCGACCGUAUUAUGAAGCUAAACUGAAGGAGAGACAAUUACGAGAAGAGGCACAGAAUGCUGCGAUACGCUUCGAACGUGCGAAUUCGAUGCAUGCAGUUGCAAAGCAACAAGUGAAACUGACUCAGGACAGUUUAAAUCGACAAAAGUCUAUCGAACCAGAAUGUUUAGAGGUAUUAAACCAUCAUAUUCUGCGGGUAAAUGAAGCGGAAAUCGAACGCUUAGAAGCGGAGGAACUGCAUCGUUCAAUAUCGUUACUAAUGUCUCAGUUAUCAAAAGAAAUUGCCAUCAUGGAAGAAGCAAAUACUCGUGCUAUUAAAAAAAGCCGACAUUAUUUUGAACAGCGCAUCGAAUUUACCAAAAUUUUGGAGCACCAGAAAAGUCUUAUCUUAAAACUUGAAUCUGAGGUACGGCAAAAGAAAUAUGAUUAUACUUGUUCGUUAAGAAAUUUGGAACAAAUAUCGGAUGCUAUACAUGAAGAGCGAAGUUUAUCAAGUAUAAAGCGUGAACCCGGCGUUGGCUGUGAAUCGCCAGACUUGCCAAUUUGUGAGGUAGCAUAUGGUAGAAAGGAAGAUUCACAGCAUCAAAUUGGGAAGCAGGAUCAACGGCAUGAAGCUAAUAUGGCAAACAAUAUAUCAUUGGAAGGAAUUAAGUUCACUUUUGAUUGUGAUAAAACAAUUAAUCCUGCUCUUUUUGAUGAUCAUCUGGAAGCAACUGAUUUAACGGCAAUAAAAAGUGGAAAUCUCGGUUCUGGUGUGAUAUUACUUGCUCAGCAAUUGAUGCAGAAUAAGCGGAAACAGAAUGUUGAAAGUGUUGCGCUGUCAGCAGAUCUUGCGGACUUCAGAUAUCGAACAGAAUUGCCCGAAGGAGUCACUAAAACUUCAUCGUUUACAUUACUUGAUAGUUGUGACAGCGACAGCUCUGUAGAAAAUAAAAAUGCAGAAGUGAUAAUGAGCACUGAUGAUUUGUCGGGCAUGCUUCGAAGUCAUUCUCAAAUUAUUGAAGAGAUCAGUGAGUGUGCGCAGCGUACCAAAAAUAUUCUACACAGUGAUUUCAAUAGUAUUCAUCAGGAUCAGAAGGAUGAUUCAGAACAAGAUAGUGGUCAUGGCUCGUCAAGUUGA